CUACCUAUUACCUAGCAUUAACCCACCGCAGGGGGUCUGAGCUCAACCACCACGUCCAGGUGUCGCAAAGCUCAGGACCUGUGAUCGAGUGUUCCUACGCCGAUCACUGGCUCUUUCCUGAGCGCCAAUUACCGCAGACUGCCGUUCAAGACGGCGACUCGGGCGCAUUCAGACUGACGAAGAGCGGUAUCCGAGGAGGCCGCCGUUCACAAUGGAGGCGGCUUCGGCGCGGUACGCCGCUAGGGACCGCUGGGGGGAAAUGGGCAAUCCGGCGCCGUCGCAGCUCCAGCGUUUUAUCCAGGCGGCCUGCAGUCCCGAGAACUACGAACCCAACCUCGCGCUGAACCUGGAGAUCGCCGACCUGAUCAAUGCCAAGAAGGGCUCGGCGCCGCGUGAGGCCGCCGUCGCCAUCGUCAACUACAUCAACCACCGCAACCCCAACGUCUCGCUGCUCGCCCUCAACCUGCUCGACAUCUGCGUCAAGAAUUGCGGCUACCCGUUCCACCUCCAGAUCAGCACCAAGGAGUUCCUCAACGAGCUGGUGCGCCGCUUUCCCGAACGGCCCCCCAUACGCCCUUCGAAGGUCCAGCUUAGGAUUCUCGAGACCAUUGAGGAAUGGCGCAGCACAAUAUGCGAAACGAGCCGGUACAGGGAGGACCUGGGCUUCAUCCGUGAUAUGCACCGGCUGCUGAGCUACAAGGGGUACACGUUCCCGGAGGUUCGGAGGGAAGAUGCUGCCGUGCUGAAUCCGAGUGAUAACCUUAAAUCCGCGGAAGAGAUGGAGGAGGAGGAGCGCGAGGCGCAGUCGGCGAAGCUGCAGGAGCUUAUCCGGAGAGGCACGCCCGAAGACCUGCGCGAAGCAAAUAAGCUGAUGAAGAUCAUGGCGGGUUAUGACACCAGGUCGAAGGUCGAUUAUCGCGCCAAGGCCGCUGAGGAAGUCGGGAAGAUCCAGCAGAAGGCCAGGCUGCUCGAGGAGAGGUUAGCGGCCUUCAAGCCAGGCGACAAAAUGGUGGAGGGUGAUGUCUUUUCGGAGCUCGCGGCCGCGCUGUCGAGCGCCCAGCCCAAAAUACAGAAAAUGUGUGAAGAGGAGUCUGACGAUCACGAAGCCGUCGCGAAGCUGCUUGAAAUCAACGACAGCAUACACCGGACAGUUGAGCGGUACAAGCUGCUCAAGAAGGGUGAUAUUGAGGGCGCUCAGCAAAUAGCCAAAGGUGCCCCAAUUGCGACAGAUAGCGGGAAGAAAGCGACGAACGAACUCUCCCUGAUCGAUCUCGACGAAGGCGAUGCGAACGGGGCGGCUGCUGGUCAGAAUUCAGGCCAGACUACGGGUGUCGAAGAUGAUCUCUUGGGCCUGUCAAUAGCCGAUUCUGGCAGCUAUGGCCAGGCAGGAGGGAUUGCACUAGGCUAUGGGGCCAACACUAAUAUCCCCGGCCCAGCAUUGCUGUCCUCUGUCACGCAAGGCAACAGCGCCAAAGGCCAAGUCCCAGCAUCCAGCCCAUCUCCCGCCCCCUUCUCCAGUUUCUCUUCCUUCACGUCUGCGCCGGGGUCACAGUCCGCCACUCCGCAGCCGCCUCAAAGGUCGGCCUUUUCGCCUCCGUCACAAUCACCAGCAGCAGCCACGGACCCAUUCGCGGCGUUGGCGUCGCUCUCGCAGAAGCCGGCCACCACAUCUGCUCAACCAGCGGCGUCGGCAUCAAAUGAUGACGAUGAGUGGAAUUUCUCAUCCGCGCUGCCUCCAGAGGCGGCCCCACAGCUACCCCGAGAGCACAAGGCCGUGGUCAGCAACACGAGUCUAAAGAUCGACAUGAUGGCCAAUCGGGCCGUGGACACAGACCCGUCCAUCGGCCUGUUGUUUGCGUUUACCAAUACCACGGCGCAGCAGAUCUCAGAGCUACACUUCCAAUUGGCAGUGACGAAGGGGUACGAGCUGCAGCUCAAACCGCAGACAGGGAGGACACUAGAACCGAAGCAGAGCCGAGGUGUGACGCAGUCGAUUACUGUCUGGCAUGCCGGGAGCAGGGACAGGAAGGUGGAAUCGAUCAAGUUGCGGUGGAGGGUGUCGUACAAGGUUGGGGGCGAGCUGAGGCAGGAGAUGGGUGAGAUCCCAGAGUUUAGUGUUGCAUAGCCAGAGUGGAUGGAUGGAUGUGUGGGUUUUGAGCGAGCAAUGGAGUGGACCGGAGUGAGGUUUGAUGGAUCACGAGGUGUUAAACAGCAUUCGACAUUGUGUGAGAGGAGUGUGAUAUGGGGGAAGUUGAUAUCCUACCCACCCGACACUUUACUGAAACCAGAUCAGAUGAGUUCUGUUUCUCGACGGCCAUGCGAUCUCCAGCUAGGGGUAUAUAUACAAGUCCCACCCCCCAGCCGACCACCGCCGGACCCUAAGCGCUUAGACAAGUGGCUGGACCAUUUGG